UUUCCUUGUUUGUUCGACUUCCCUAGAGAAUGUCGAGCCUCAAAAUCACCAAAAAGCACCACAGGCACCUCAACAACCCCUUCCCUUCCGCUCCAAAGUCCCUGCCUUUCGUUCAGGGGACUCUGUUCUCCGAGUCCCUGACAUUGGCGACACACCAGACCUUCCCAAUCGGGAAAGAUUUUCGGCUCACUUGGCAGUCAAGAAAUGGAGGCUUUCUCUCAGUUUCUCACCGACUGCAGCCCGACAAAUCCUUAUGGUCCACCAUCCCCGGACAAGCCUUUGUUUCCGGGGCUUUGGCCGAAACAGAGAUUCAAGAAAGCAGAGGAUCAUUUGUCAUCAAGGACAGAGAAGUCCGUUUGGUCUGUGAUCAUCAAACCAUCGAAGACAUAAGGGUGAUCGAUCAUUUGGACAGUUUCUUGCAUGCCACCGAUCCUGAUUUCCCUUCGGGAUGUGUAGGAUUUGAUCAGAAUGAUGUGAAGAAAACAGAGUUCCCUGUCCUGAUGAUAACUGGCAGGAUCUUUAGUAUGAAAAAGAAGCGCCCUCAAGACUCCAGCUUGAGUAAGAAAAUGACGCUAGGAAAGGAUUGCACUUAUGCAAGAUACUGGGUUUUCUUUGGUCAGAAAAGCAGUCACCAAGUUGGGUUUCAGGUGAGGCUGGGCAAACCCAACUUCAACCUCAGCCAGGCAAUUUCUCCGGCUGGUCUAAGAAGGCGUCAGGUCUUAAGACUGAAGCUGUGCCAGCUUCGGAAGAAGAAACUCGGAUGGUGGUGGUCCUUUCGGAGGCCAAGAAAUUAUGUUGCGGUUUCCUCUGCUGAGGACGAAAUAGUCGGAGUGAAGCCUCCAGAGUCCACAGAAUUUAACAGGAUUUGUCUCACUUAUUCCAGCGAAAAAAGUGAAAAAUUCUACGGUUUCGGGGAGCAGUUCUCUCACAUGAAUUUUAAAGGCCGAAGGGUGCCAAUUUUCGUACAAGAACAGGGCAUUGGACGAGGUGAUCAGCCAAUAACUUUCGCAGCUAAUUUGGUUAGCCACAGGGCUGGGGGUGAUUGGAGUACCACUUAUGCUCCUUCACCGUUCUACAUGACAUCAAAGAUGAGAUCUCUUUAUCUUGAAGGAUACAACUAUUCCAUUUUCGAUCUAACAAGACAUGACAGAGUCCAGAUACAGAUGCAUAAUAAUUCAAUCGAAGGAAGUCUAGUGCACGGCAACUCACCCACUGAGCUCCUUGAGCACUUCACAGGGACUAUUGGGAGGCCCCCUGAGCUGCCUGAAUGGAUCAUAUCUGGAGCUGUAAUUGGUAUGCAGGGUGGCACAGACAUGGUUCGCCAUGUGUGGGAUGAAUUGAGGGCCUACAAUGUUCCCAUUUCUGCCUUUUGGUUGCAGGAUUGGGUUGGGCACAGAGAGACAUUCAUUGGAUCACAACUCUGGUGGAACUGGGAAGUGGAUUCAACAAGGUACUGGGGAUGGCGACAACUAAUUAAGGAUUUAGAUGCUCAGCACAUUAGAGUAAUGACAUACUGCAAUCCGUGUCUGGCUCCGGCUGAGGAGAACCCAAACAGGAGGAAGAAUAUGUUCGAGGAGGCAAAAAGACUGGGCAUCUUGGUGAGAGAUAAGACUGGGGAACCGUACAUGGUUCCAAAUACAGCUUUUGAUGUUGGAAUGCUGGAUUUGACUCACCCAGAUACAGAGAGUUGGUUUAAACAAAUUUUACAAGAUAUGGUGGACGACGGAAUCAGAGGAUGGAUGGCAGAUUUUGGCGAAGGCCUUCCAGUGGAUGCCAAACUCUAUUCAGGUGAAGAUCCAAUAGUUGCUCAUAAUAGAUAUCCAGAACUAUGGGCUAAAAUAAACCGACAGUUCGUGGACGAAUGGAAGAGCAACCAUGGAGAGGCAGAAGACCCAGAAGAUACAUUGGUUUUCUUUAUGAGGGCUGGUUUCAGAGAAAGUCCUAAAUGGGGAAUGCUGUUUUGGGAAGGAGACCAAAUGGUCAGCUGGCAAGUUAAUGAUGGUAUCAAGAGUACAGUUGUCGGCCUCCUGAGCAGCGGAUUGUCUGGAUAUGCUUUUAACCAUAGUGAUAUUGGAGGCUAUUGUGCAGUAAGCUUACCCCUAAUCAGGUAUCACAGAAGUGAAGAGCUGCUAUUACGCUGGAUGGAGCUGAAUGCUUUUACCACAAUAUUCCGGACCCAUGAAGGAAACAAGCCAUCCUGUAACAGCCAGUUCUACUCAAACCAUAAAACCUUCUCACAUUUUGCAAGAUUUGCCAAAGUGUACAGUGCUUGGAAGUUCUACAGAAUACAACUCAUCAAGGAAGCAGCUCAAAAGGGCUUGCCUGUUUGCCGGCACCUGUUCCUCCACUAUCCUGAGGAUGACAAUGUACAUAAGUUUACUUAUCAGCAGUUCUUGGUUGGUACAGAGAUUCUUGUAGUUCCGGUGCUUGACAAAGGGAAGAAUAAUGUUAAAGCCUACUUUCCGGUUGGGGAAAGUUGUCCAUGGCAACAUAUCUGGACAGGAAAGUUAUAUACAAAUCAGGGUUAUGAAGCCUGGGUAGAAUCUCCAAUCGGCCAGCCUGCUGUAUUUGUUAAGGCUGGCUCAUUAGUUGGGGAGACCUUUCUGAAAAAUUUAAAAGACUUGAACAUACUUUGAAGAGAGGCAAAGCCAACGGCAGCCUCUGAUUCAGGGGGGACAGAGACAGGAGGAGGAAAGAAAAGUGUUCAUCAUUCUUUGCUAAUCUCUGUACAUAUUCAUUAUAAAGCCAAUUUUUUGGAAAUCGUGUAUGAUCAAAAUCUUUUUGCUA